GCCUGGCUCCGCUAAGGCGUUGCUGCUGGUGCUGCCGCCGCCGCCGCCGCCAGGAAACACAAGGAGCAGAAUCAAGCGUAGCGUGGCGAUGGGCAGGAGUAGAACCCCGCCAGAGAGGCUGGGCGGCCGCCGGUGACAGGAUUUUGAAGGCCCUUCCCAGGUUACAGAGCCUUGUCAGGUAACACCAGGAGGAAGGCAGGACUGAAAUUAGCAUCUCCAUUUUCCAGAUAAUUUACUGAGUACCUACUUUGUGCCACGUAUAGUUCUGGACACCAGGGAGCAGCACCUAGUCUAGAGGAGGACGCCACGAGACUGUGCUCUGUCCACCGCACCUCCUGCAUGUCCUGCUGCCCUGAGCUGUCCCGAGCUAGGUGACAGCCUGUCACGCUGCCACCAUGAACGAGGUGUCUGUCAUCAAAGAAGGCUGGCUCCACAAGCGCGGUGAGUACAUCAAGACCUGGCGGCCCCGGUACUUCCUGCUGAAGAGCGACGGCUCCUUCAUUGGAUAUAAGGAGCGGCCCGAGGCCCCUGACCAGACCCUGCCCCCCUUAAACAACUUCUCUGUCGCAGAAUGCCAGCUGAUGAAGACCGAGAGACCGCGGCCCAACACCUUCGUCAUACGCUGCCUGCAGUGGACCACAGUCAUCGAGAGGACCUUCCAUGUAGACUCUCCGGAUGAGAGGGAGGAGUGGAUGCAGGCCAUCCAGAUGGUCGCCAACAGCCUCAAGCAGCGGGGCCCGGGGGAGGACCCCAUGGACUACAAGUGUGGCUCUCCCAGCGACUCCUCUGCAGCCGAGGAGAUGGAAGUGGCAGCUAGCAAGGCGCGGGCCAAGGUGACCAUGAAUGACUUCGACUAUCUCAAGCUCCUGGGCAAGGGCACCUUUGGCAAAGUCAUCCUGGUGCGGGAGAAGGCCAGCGGCCGCUACUACGCCAUGAAGAUCCUGCGGAAGGAGGUUAUCAUCGCUAAGGAUGAAGUCGCCCACACGGUCACCGAGAGCCGGGUCCUCCAGAACACCAGGCACCCGUUCCUCACUGCGCUGAAGUACGCCUUCCAGACCCACGACCGCCUGUGCUUCGUGAUGGAGUACGCCAACGGUGGCGAGCUGUUCUUCCACCUGUCCCGGGAACGCGUCUUCACGGAGGAGCGGGCCCGCUUCUAUGGCGCGGAGAUCGUGUCAGCCCUGGAGUACCUGCACUCGCGGGACGUGGUGUACCGGGACAUCAAGCUGGAAAACCUCAUGCUGGACAAAGACGGCCACAUCAAGAUCACUGACUUCGGCCUGUGCAAAGAGGGCAUCAGUGACGGGGCCACCAUGAAAACCUUCUGUGGGACCCCUGAAUACCUGGCGCCUGAGGUGCUGGAGGACAACGACUACGGCCGGGCGGUGGACUGGUGGGGGCUGGGCGUGGUCACGUACGAGAUGAUGUGCGGCCGCCUGCCCUUCUACAACCAGGACCACGAGCGCCUCUUCGAGCUCAUCCUCAUGGAGGAGAUCCGCUUCCCGCGCACGCUUAGCCCGGAGGCCAAGUCCCUGCUUGCUGGGCUGCUUAAGAAGGACCCCAAGCAGAGGCUCGGCGGGGGGCCCAGUGAUGCCAAGGAGGUCAUGGAGCACAGGUUCUUCCUCAGUAUCAACUGGCAGGACGUGGUGCAGAAGAAGCUCCUGCCACCCUUCAAACCUCAGGUCACAUCUGAGGUUGACACAAGGUACUUUGACGACGAGUUCACCGCCCAGUCCAUCACAAUCACACCCCCGGACCGCUUUUUUUCUUCAGCCCUCUGCCAAACUCACCUCAGCGGUCCUAGUGGCCCUGCCUACAGGAUCCUGUCCUGCCCUCACCUUUGUGCCCAGGCCAGGAUUUGGGAGACUCUCCACUGCCUGCCCCAGGACCAGGCCUUUGGGCAGUUGGAGAGAUGCCGGUUUUUAAUCAACAUAAAGCCCCAGUGAGGGGCGAAGCAUGGAGCCGUGGGGCCUACCUGAAUUUCUGGCUGGGGUGCCCACAGGCAGCCCUGCCUCUGGGUUGCUGCUUCUGUCAGAGGCUGCCUUCUAGUGGGCUGCCCGGUGGACAGCGCCCUGGUGCUGCCUUCCUUGCCCUGUCGUUAGGCUCGGAGUGGCCUGGCGUGGGGCAAUCCAGCCCCCUUCUCCCAUGGGGGCGGAAAAGCAAUAAUGUCCAGGGGUCGGGGGUGCGGGAGUAGGCGAGGGCCUUUGGAAGCCGCAUGCAGGACUGGGGGUUCAGGGCUCCCUCGUGGGGAGGGGGCCUGCUCUACCCUGUGGGGAACCGGGAGGGGGCCCAGGGGAUGGGCGCUGCCUCCUGGCCCUGUCUUCCCCCAUCCCCUAAGCUGCUCUCCUGACCCUGGGGAUGAGGCAGGAGGAGCAUUUGGGGGCUGGCUUCCCCACCCAACAGCCCCGUGCCUUACCAGGGCUUCCUUCAGCCGGCCUUACCUCCUGCUGGAGCCCGGGCCUGGCCCCAGCCCCUUCUGAGGAUGGGGGCCGGGAUGUCCCCCUUCUCUCUGCCUGGGGCGGAGGGGGCGCCAGCCUCGGCUGUUACACAUCUCGCACCGAGACAGUAUUGGGCCCGGUGGACUUGGGUCGAAGAGGGGGUGGGGCUGGGUGUCUGGUACGAACCGAGGUAGGGGCCUCUGCGAAGGGAGGCUCCAGGCCACCUCACUCCUUCCCGCUCUCCGGGCCCCACGUUCUGCAGCCUUAAGGUGAACGUGUCAGUGCUCUGGGCACUCAACGUGCGUGCCUCAGGCUGUGUGUGUCUGCGGGCGUGCCUGUGCAUCUGGGAUGCAGAUGCACGUGGGGUGUGUGUGUGUGCAUGUGUGUUGGGUAUGUGUGUGCGAGGGCAAGCGAGUCCGGCCUCGAGUGUGCGUGGUGUGUGUGGGCUCGGGCCCCGCCCCGGCUCAAGCACGUCAACCCGAGGGGGAGGGGUGCUAGCCUAGCAGGGGGGCCACACCUGAGGUCCACUUGUUGCCCUGUCCCCCCUGCCCCGUUCCCCCCAGCACCUCUGGGCUUUGGGAUUUCGUUUCUGUGGUUUUGAUCACCCCAGUCCACCUUCUGUAGGUGGGUCACAGAGAGACAUUCUGGGGCGGGGUGGGGGGGUUGGUUUGGGUGGGUGGGUUCUGACUUUUCCUGUCUGUGUGUGUUUGUCGUUCACCUGACAGUUCUCCCUCCUCCCCACCGGCCUGUCCCCAUCCCUCGUGUUUGUACGGUACAAGCAAUAAAGACACUCAUUUCAGCCUGGGGCCCACCACCCUGGGCCUUUCCUUGCUUCCAGAGUCUGGCCCCGGGCAUCAGCUGCCUCCUGCUCCCGUCCUUCUGGUCACGGGGCCUGUUGAGCCACGAGGAGGGGGUGAGGUGUGCUCAAGCUCAGGGUGGAGGGUGGGGGCCGCUGAGGGGGAAGCUGCCGAAGAGUUGGGGGAAGGCGCCUGGGCGGGGGGGUACAGUGGACAGAGACCAUUGCAGUCCCUUGGAAGCUGCUUAGGCAAAAAGAGGUGGGGUGGAGAGAUGGGGGUGGAAGGGGUGCGACGUGUCGCUGGGCCCUGGAGUGGGCGUGGGAGGGAGAGGACUCAUUUCCUGUGGCCCUUGAGCCCUGGAAGGGGGCACUGCCUGCUCGCCCCAUCUUACCUAUGGCCCCCAAUUCUGACACACAACCCUUGGCGGAUCAGUGGGAUGUGUGGUGGCAGUCGGCUGGGAGCACCUCGGGUUGGGUUACAGCCUUCACAGCUCUGGGACCCCUCUGGCACCUGUCCCUUUAAUCCUGGAGUUACCAUGCUUGAGUCACUCCUCUCAGACCCCAGGGCCAGGGCUGCCCCUGCGGAGCCCUGGCACAGAUGAAUUUAAUGUCAGAUUUUGCCCGAAGGUGUAGGCCUUUACACACACGGAGCCUUUGAGAUUGUAAAUGGGGGUAGAGGAAAAGUCAGAUGCUACAACCAAGACUCAAGGAAUAUUUUUUGUUUUCUAACUUCAUAUGGACUUUAUUAUGAAUUGAGUUACAAAAGUAUGUCCUGGUGGUCAUAUGAUAAACGUCAGAGAGGCUUAUAAAGAAAAGCCUUUUAAAAGCAACUAUACUCCAAUAAAAAUUAAUGAAAAAAGAAAAGCCUUUUACUCUUCCCUCUUGUCCAGCCCCUGGAGGUGCCUGGUGCUAGAGUUCCUCGUCCCAGCACACUGUCACUCAGACCUUCGUGUGGGUCCAGCCCCGCAUCUACCUCAGCCAGUUAGUGGUGUCUUAACGGCCCGCGGAGGCCUCCCCCGGGUUCCUCAGUUGCUGCCCUCAGUUGAAUGUGUAUCCGUAGAUGUAGUGGUGCUUCUUAUUUCGGUAGGAGAACUUUUCCCAAAUAGGGAGUUUUAGAGGGGAGUGUUUUAAUAAAUUUUACCAAUUAGGGAAAUUAAAUUUUGAAUAGAUCUGUCUUUUGUCACGUGCAUUUAGACAGUUUCACGAGUUUUGUGAAAGGAGGAGGAGGAAACUCAAAACCACCCCCAGGUCUUGAGCGGUCAUUCUGGUCCUCAUGUUACCCCUGUGCCAGUGGAUACAGUGCCGUGAAAGGCUGUCCCUCUGUCUGCAUAACUCUUUCCUCCCAGCUGAGGUCGUCAAGCUGCUGGGCUCUGUACUGCUGCAUCUUACCCCUCCCCCCUCCUGCCGGCAUAUGUACAUCAGUAGGCUUGCUGGGUCGUUGGUAGAAACGAGAUCCUCCUCUCUGAGCCACUUUUCUGCAUUUGGGGGACUCCUCGUGGACACUUGUCAUGCCUCCAGCUGCUUCACGAGCUUUCUCUGCUUUCUCGGGUUGGAUGUGCCUCAACUGAUUCAGCCGCCCCCCGUCGACAAGAAUUUACUUGGUUUCCAGUUUGUUUGCUGCUACCAGCAGUACUGUAAUAAACCUUUGACAGUGUAACAAUC